AAUUUUAGUUAUUUAAUAAAUAUUAAAAUUAAAAUACUUUAUGAAGUAUUUGCGGUUUGCUGAGAAUACAUUACGCCUGUGGUAUAAUUGUUUUAUUACAAGACGCUUGCUAAACGCGCCAAUCAAAGUGAAAAGUUUUGAUAAAUCCUUUCUGUGUUGGCCAAAUAUGACUUUACCUAAGGCCUUGCGCCAUGUGCAAACGCAACACGGCGACGACACGGUGGACGUUGAGAACAUAUUCCUGUUCCGAGCUGACGUCGACUGCACAAAUGUCGCCGCUACAAGUGCCGGCGGCGCCUCCACUGCGACUGCGGCCGAGACCAAGGCUGCGGCAGAGACUAGCGCUGCAAAUAACGCAGAUGUUAAAGCCAAGUCAGAGCAGACAAAGCCCUUUAACUGUGUAUGGACCUAUGAGGCUAAUGAAGCUUCCGGUAGUCAAUUAGCGACGAUUGCCGAGGAAUCUCCCAUGACAUUACCAGAAAAGCGAAAGGCGCCCCAAGCUGAUGAAACUGUUAAAUCGAAGAAAUCAAAAUUGGAAACGAAAGAUUUGAAAGUAACUCGACCUGGUUUCAGCGAGGAAAGAUUCGAAGAAACAUCGUAUUAUACGGAAAAUGGUUUGCGAAAGGUUUACCCUUAUUUUUUUACAUUCACAACGUUUACUAAGGGUCGCUGGGUAGGUCAGAAGAUUUUGGAUGUCUUCUCUCGUGAGUUUCGAGCACAUCCUGCCGAGGAAUACAAACGGAGCAUCGAGGCGGGAACAUUGCUAGUAAACAAUGAAAAGGUACCAGUUGACUACAAGUUAAAGCACAAUGAUCUUUUGGCCAAUACGGUACACAGACACGAAGUUCCAGUUACUUCACAGCCCAUUGAGAUCAUACACAUGGAUGAGGAAAUUCUAGUUGUUAACAAACCGGCCUCAAUUCCAGUACAUCCAUGUGGUCGAUACAGGCACAAUACGAUGAUCUUUAUACUCGCCAAGGAGUUUAAUCUUAAGAAUUUGCGUACCAUACAUCGGAUAGAUCGUUUGACUUCUGGUAUUUUGAUGUUUGGCCGCACUUCGGAAAAGGCUCGUCAAAUGGAGCAACAGAUACGAAAUAGACAAGUUCAAAAGGAAUAUGUCUGCUGUGUCGAAGGAGAAUUUCCCGAUGGCAUAAUUGAGUGCAAUGAGCCGAUUGAAGUCGUAAGCUAUAAGAUUGGCGUUUGCAAGGUGUCGCCGAAAGGCAAAGAUUGUAAAACAACAUUCAAAAGAAUAUCACAAACUGGUAAAUAUAGUAUCGUGCAAUGUAAACCCUUGACAGGGAGGAUGCAUCAAAUCAGAGUGCAUUUACAAUACUUAGGAUAUCCAAUUGUGAACGAUCCCUUGUAUAAUCACGAGGUGUUUGGUCCUUUAAAAGGACGCGGCGGCGAUAUUGGCGGAAAAACAGAUGAUCAAUUGAUAAACGAUUUGAUAGCCAUACACAAUGCUGAAAAUUGGUUGGGCAUUGAUAGCAACGAAGCUCUAACACUCAAGAUUGCCAAUGAAGGUACUAUAGAUAGUCCAUCUACCAGCAAAAUAUCAAGCAACGUUUCUACAGUGACAACUGAAACCAUAAAAAGCCCUGGUCUUCAGAAAACGGUUUCUGCCCAAACUGGCUAUGAAUCCCCCGAUUGUGGCUUUGAUCCCAGCAAAGUAACAACAGAUCCGCAUUGCUUAGAAUGCAAAAUGAACUAUCGUGACCCAAACACCGCAGAUCUUGUGAUGUAUCUGCAUGCGUGGAAAUAUCAAGGUGUUGACUGGGAGUAUAGUACAGAUCUGCCAAGUUGGGCCACAAUGGAUCCGGAUAAUUGGCAGUUAAACUUGAGGAAAGACCAUUGUUAAAUGUAUAAACUCUUGUAUAAUGUAUAUAUAUAAUAUACAACUCAGAAUAAAAUAGACGUUUUAAUAAUUGUAAAUUCGAUUAA